AUGGCGUGGAGCAGAAGGAUGAGUGCUUUCGCGGAGAGCUAUCGCGCGGAGUGCGCAGCUACGGCCCUCAGGCUCGACCAGGUGAAGAUGGAUCUAGCCGGCCACGAAGCUCGCUUUGGCACGCUCAGCAGCGCGCAUGAGGUCCACGCGCAGGAAGUUGCCGAUAUUCGCUCGAGGCUGGCAGGCUGCGAUGAGGGCCACCCCCGCUCUUCUCUGGCCACGCUUGCGGAGGACAGCUCCAUGCUGAGGGCCAAGUCCUCAAGGGUCUUGGUGCGCGCCAGGGAGCUGCAAAAGGAUGGUGAAGCGCGCCUGAGGGCGGACGUGGACUUCCUGGCGAGGCAGCUGGGUGCCAUGCAAAAGCGCCUCCGCGGUCCAGAGGAGGCGGCCGUGAUGUGCGAGCUCGGCCACAUCCGGAGCGCUCUCUCGGCACGCGAGGGCGAGGCUUCUAUCUGCGAGCUGCGCCGCGGCCAGCAGGACCUCGCGGCGCGGCUGAAGGCCGCCGAGGCUGGCCUGGAGUCGCUCCGGCAGCAGGAGCUGCGCGGAGCCCCUGGUGGCGCCGUCGGGGAUGUGGAUCGUGCGCAGUCCAGGCUGCGGGAGCAGGUGGAGAUGAUGCAGGGCCGGCUGGACGCGCUGGUGGAGACCCAGAGCCAGACCGCAACCGCGCUUGAGGGUCUCCAGGGCUGGUGCGCCACGGAGCUGGAGGGCCUCCGAAAGCUCUCUGGCCACCAGCACACCUCGCUCGUGGAGAGGCUCAACUACCUGGGAUUCUUAGGCUUCUCCGCCGGCAGGCGUGCAGAGCGCCCGGCCUCCGCGCGCGCCAAGCUGGGGCAGACGAGCGGGCGCCCGUCGGCGCGCGAGGCAGAUCGCCCGGGCGCCGAAGCGCGAGGAGCGGCGCCGCACGAGGCGCCGCCGCUGGGCGCCUCCCUCUGCGAGCGGAUCGACCUCUUGGAGGACGUGGUCGGCACCCUGGCGCAGGAGUGGCCCGGAUCUGCGCUCGCCCACAGCAGGCCCGAGCCUCCGCGCAGCGGCUCCGCUGCCACGCGGCGCAGCCCCCCGCCGGACGGCGGCGGGGACUCGGCGCAGACGACCGUGCGCUGUGCUUGGGACGAGCCGGUGCCUUGCAGGCUCGAUCAGAUGCCCCGCCCAGCCGCCACGAGGCAGCGCAGCGCGCCCUCGUCACGCGGGCGCGUCGACCACGCCCGCGCCUCUGGCGCUACCAGCGCCUGCUACGGCGCUGCCAGCGCCCGCUACGCCUCUCGGUCCGUACCCGCUACGGCGCCGCCAGCGCCGGCGCUUCGCGCGCACGGUUCCUGCGCGACGGCGCCGCAGAAGGCCGUACGCUACGCCGCCGUGCACGAGAGUCUCAAGCUGUUCGAGGGCCGCUCUGGCACCCCGCAGAGGAUGCCCUCGACGCUGGACCGCGCGUCCGUGAGCUACCGCCCGUGCAGCACGCCGCGCAGCUGGCUCGGCCUUGCCGCGCGGUGA